AUGCUGGCGGGCAAGUGGCAGGGGAUCCAUUGCGAGAAGCGGAGGAUCGCAGCACGGGGGAAGCGCGCAUGGAUGAGGCGGGGGAGGGCGCUGGAGGGACGCGGAAAAGUGAGUGAGGGGAAGAAAGGCGUGGUGAUCUCGCUCGAAAGCAGUGAGGAAGAGGCGGGGCAGGGCGCGUGUGACGAGCGCGAGACGGGGGCGCCGGCGGAGGGCGACAGUGGGCGUGGUGGUGGUGGUGGUGGGGGGGGCAGUGCUGUGCGCGGUGACGGGACGGGAAGCGCGGACUUGGCGGAAGAGAAGGGAGCAGAGGAGGGUACGGGUGAAAAGAAGGAUGACGGAAAGGAGGGGAAGGAAGGGGAGGAAGCGAAGGAUGGGAAAGGCGGAGAGGCGAGCAGUGUUGUGGUGGAGAGUGCAGGUGGUGUAGAGGGGGAGGCAGCUGCAGGGAGAGCAGAGGAGCGGACGGAAAGGGAAGGAGAGGCAGAGGUUGGUGAAGGGAAAGAGGUGGGAGACGCGGGUGGAGCGCGUGAGGCGGAGCCAGGCGGGGGCGAGGGCGGAGACACGGUUCAAGGGGAGCGAGACGAGGCAGGCGAGGAGCGGGCGGGUGAGAGCUGUGCUGCCAUGACGCCCGCGGAGGGGGGCGCGCAGGGGGUGGUGGGCGCGGAGGAGGCGGCGGUGGCGGGUGGGGUGCAGGGGGAAGCAGCGCAGGGAGGUGAAGGAGCGCAGGGGAAUGGGCCUGAUGGGACUGCAGGGGGCUUGGAGGCGGGGACGGAGGCGGAGGCGGGGGCGGGGGCGGGGGCGAAGGGCGGGGAGAUGGUGAGUGCAGGCGCCAGGGUGGGUGGGGUGAGUGAGGAGGGAGUGGAGGCAGAGGGGCGUGUGGCAAGCGCAGGGCUGCCAGCAGCUGGUGGGGGGGCAGAGGGGGAGAGAGGUGAUGGGAAAGACGUCAGUGCGGCCAAAGAGGAUGGUGAGGGGGCGGUGCUGGGGGGUGAGAGUGGUGGGACGGAUGGGAAGGGAGAAGGGAAGACGGAGGCGGGUGCUGUGGAGGGCAAGGACGAGGUGGGGUUGGCAGGGGAUGGUGGGGCGGAGGGGGGCAGUGAUGAGGGCGCGCAGAAAGAGGGUGGGAGUGGGCAGAGCCCUGCCACAGAGCAGAUCCCACAUGGUGCUGGCGGUGCAGGCACGACAGGGGACGGCGAACAGGAGAAGACGACGCAGGGCGGAGAGGGGGGAAACGGUGUGGGUGAGGGUGAGGGUGAGGGUGAGGGUGAGGGUGAGGGCGCAGGGAAGAUGGAGGGCGCGGGGAGGGUUGAGGGAAGCGGGUGUGGCCAGAGGAAAGAGGCGGAAGGGGCUGAGAAGGAUAGUGGUGAGGAGAAGGAAGGAGGUGGCAAGGAGCGGGAGGAGGCGGGCACAGGAGAAGCAGAGGGUGUGAGGAAGGAGGGCGGUAACGGGGGUGAGGCAAGUGGAGUAGCGGCCAUGGGACACGAUGGGCAGCAGCAGGGAGCGAGUGCGGGUGAAGAGGCAGCCGAGAAAGAGAAGGUUGAGGGGGCCGGGGCAACGAGCAUGGUGGGCGGGGAGGCAGGCCAGCAGGGCACAGUGGCAUGUGGGGCAGGCACCGAGGGAGCAAGGCAGGGCGAGGAGGGCGGGGGCGAAGAGCGUGGUGCUGUAGCAGGUGGUGGCACAAGUGAGGGUGGCAGCAGUGGUGGGGAGAUGGACAAAGAGCCCGCGGGGAGCAAGGAUGGUGGGGGGGCUGAGGAGAGCAAGGGAGGUGAGGAGAGCAAGGAUGGUGGUGAGAACAAGGUGGCUGAGGAGAGCAAGGGAGGGGAAGAGGAGCAGGUGAAGAAGGGGGAGGGUGAGACGGUGGGAGUGCAGGGGCAGAGCACGGAUGCUGGGGCGCAUGUGGCAAAAGUGAGAAAUGACAGUGCCGUGAGUGACGCAGCAGGGGAUAGCGUGCAGGGGGGAGGGGGUGACGAGGGCAAGCGCGCUGAGGGGGGAGGUGAUGCGGGUGGUGUGGGUGAGGAGAAGAGCCAGGAGCCGGGAGCAGGGGAGGUGGCUGAUGCAGCGGCGCAGGGGAAAGAGGACCCACAUGUGCAGGUGAAGGAGGAAAAGAUCUCCGUAGAGGCGGCAGUGGAGAGGCAUGAUGGGGGUGCGGCGCAGGAGGCAGGUGCGGUGCACGCGGUGAGUGCCCACCCGCCCGGGGCUGCAGCACUCGAGACGGCAAGGCAGGGAGAAGGGCAAGGGGCGCAGGGGGUGGAAGGAAGGGAAGAAGGAGCAGUGCGUGGGACGAGUGGCGUGGAUGUGGUGCUGGGAGGUGGUGCUAGGGCGGGCGAGCGGCAGGACGCAGCACAUGUGAGCAGUGCGGUGCUGCAGCAGCAGGGCACACAGCAGGAGGCUGAAGCACAGCAGGUGCUGCAGGGAGGGGUGCAGGUGCAGAAGGAGAAAGGAGGGGAGGAACAGCCACAGGAGAAGCAGGAAGAAGAGAAGGAACCGCAGCCAUCGCAUCAAGAGGAGAAGCAGAAAGAAGAGAAGCAACAGCAGCCAUUGCAUGAACAGGGAAAACAACAGCAAGAGAAGGAGCAAAAAGAGCAAAACGCGCAGGAGGAUUCAGGGGCUGCAAAGGUGGAGGAGGUACAGGGGACAGGCACGGACGAGGGGCAUGGAGGCAAGGAGGGGCAUGGCAGCAAAGUGACUGCUGAGAAGGACGAGCAGGCAGCGGUAACGGAGUUGGGAAAAGACAAUCAGGAGAAGGAGAAGGAGAACGAGGAGAAGGAGAAAGAGAAGGAAGAGGAGAAGGAGAAAGAUGAGGAGGAGGAGAACGAGGAGAAGGAGAAAGAGAAGGAAGAGGAGAAGGAGAAAGAGGAGGAGGAGGAGAAGGAGAAAGAGAAGGGAAAGGAGGAGGUGGAGGAAAAUAAGAGAAAGGAGGAAGUGGAGGAAAAGAAGGGAAAGGAGGAAGAGGAGGAAAAGAAGGGAAAGGAGGAAGAGGAGGAAAAGAAGGGAAAGGAGGAAGAGGAGGAAAAGAAGGGAAACGAGAAAGAGGAGGAAAAGAAGGGAAAGGAGGAAGAGGAGGAAAAGAAGGGAAAGGAGGAAGGGGAGGAAAAGAAGGGAAAGGAAGAAGAGAAGGAAAAGAAGGGAAAGGAGGAAGAGGAGGAAAAGAAGGGAAAGGAGGAGGAGGAAAAGAAGGGAAAGGAGGGGAAGGAGGAGGUGAUGGAGGAGCAGGAGGAGGAGAAGGAGGAAGAGAAGCAGGAGGAGAAGGAGGAAGAGAAGCAGGAGGAGAAGGAGGAAGAGAAGCAGGAGGAGAAGGAGGAAGAGAAGCAGGAGGAGAAGGAGGAAGAGAAGCAGGAGGAGAAGGAGGAAGAGAAGCAGGAGGGGGAGGAGGAGGUGGGGAUGGAGGCAGAUGCGGUGGUGGUGGAGAUAGCUCUCAGUGUGCCCGCCCUGCUCGCCACCCAUGCCCGCACACGCCCCGCCUCAGCACGCACGGGAGGUGGUGCUGUGCUGCAGUGGGGAGACAGUGUGCCCCGCUCCACCUCCACAUGCCCUAUGGCGUGGUGUCCCAAGUCCAACCUCAUUGCCUUCCCAACGGCGCCUGCACAGCCCAACAUCAAAGCCCCACCAGGAGCGCCGCCUGCCUUUGUGCCGGUGGCCCUGCUGGACCCCGACCGCCCGCUGCACCACUGCAUGCUCAAGCUCCCCGCAGGCAUGCCGGGGCGUGAGGUGACAGCAGUGGCGUGGUCGCCACCCUCAUGCGACCGUGCGCUCGCUCUGCUCUCUGCACCCUCGCAUGUGUCCGUGUGGGCACAGCCCUGCACGGGAGCGGCGAACGUGGCGCGGUGUGUGAACCGGUGGGAGGCGCAGGCGCACUGGCACCUCGACGCUCCCGUCGCUGCCAUGCUCUGGCUCUCUGCUCCACCCCUCUACUCGUGGCCGCCACUGCAGCCGCCAGCAUCAGUGCACCCGGGGUCCUUCCACGACCGCUUCUUCCACCCCCGUGCCCUCUCCCGCAUUGUGGGGAGUGGUGGAGGAGGGGAGGAGAGUGGGAGGGAGAGGAGAGAGGUGUUGGCAGUGGUGGUGGAUAACAGUGGUGGAGGUGGCAAGGAGGAAGGAGACUGUGUGGCAACGGUGAUCGUGGCAGUGGGCGUUGCCAAGCAAGUCCACGCCCCCUCGCUGCAUGCGCCACCAGCAGCCCCGUCAGCGUCAUCGCUCUCACACGCGCCUCCUUUUUCAGAGCCCACCACCACUCCGCCCUCCCCACUCUGCACGCUAUCCCUCACGGUGCAGCGCUGGCACCUGCGCCAGCAGGUGCCUGCCUAUGCGGCACCAACAUGGAGCACUGUUGCUGCUGCUGCUGCCUCUGCACCGUCAUCAUCCGCGUCCCUGGUCACUGCUGCGCAGCCUGUGGCCUCGCCUGCCCUUGUUCCCACCCCCACGCCUUCUCACGCCAUGCCUGCCAUUUCCCUCCAGCUCUCUCCCACAGGCGCUGAGCUGGCGGUGAGCUGGCACAGCACGUUCACACCUCAGCUGCAGAAGCAGGUGGAUGGCACCAGUGCCGCGGUCGACGGUGCUCCAUGUGACAUGGCUGCUGCUUCACAUGACACCGAUCCACCCCCUGAUGGCACUGGUGCCAUUACUGGGCAUGCACGCAUAACUGCCUUGCAUGAUGACCCCUUGCCAGCCCCCAAUGGGCCCUCCGCGUUCCCCCCCUCCAUGCCCUCCGCCUCAUACAUAUCCUGCUCCGCCAUUAUCCUCCUCUCCAACCCCUCUCUCCAGCUGCUCUCCGUGGUGCACCCGCCACCGCACGCCCCCCUGCCACUCUCCACGCCUCCCCCGCUCGCCUUCUCCCCCUCCGCAUGCUGCAUGGCCACACCAUGGACCACCCCCCUGCAGCAGCAGCAGCUGACGGUGCGCAUAUCGCAGGUGCCUCAUGUGCCCCUUGCACCCACUGCUGGCGCCCCUGCCAGUGACUCUGGUGCGCCGUCACAGCCGGUGACGCCAAGUGCUGUGGCGGUGGAGCGCAGUGGCGCAGAUGGGUUGGGGGAGAGUGGGGGAGCGGACGGACAAGUGGGUGGGGAGGGUGUGGCGAAGGAGAGGAAGGCAGGGAAGGAGGGGCGGGAGGGGGUUGCAUCAUGGGAGCGACAUGUGGCUGACAGAGUGCAGUGGGCGUGGGUGAGUGGCGUGUCGUGGUGGGAUGCUGCCGCCUCUGCCACAACAGGCGCACCACAAUCGCCAGUGCGCAGCACAUCCCUGCUGGCCCAUCUGGACGCGGACUUCCAUGCCCUGCCCGACGCCUCUUUGCGCCUGCACUACUUCACUGAGCUGGACCGGCUCAAGUGCCGUGUGUUGGAGGGUGUGGGGGGAGCAGACGUGCGGGCAGUGAUGCUGGACGUGCAGGCGCGCGUGCUACUAGAGGUGCUGGGGGGCGCCAUAGAGUCAGCACUCGUGAACCCCGCCACGCUCAUCCCCUCGCCCUGGACCGCCUCCGCUGAGACCUUCUCCCAGCUCGGCAACGAUGCCAUGUCCGUCGACCCUGCGCUCAUCCCCACCAUCCAUGCGUAUGUGGAUUCGGUGUUGGACCUGGUAUCGCACUUCCUCACGCGCCUGCGCCGCUACUUCUCUUUCUUCAAGACCCUCACCGCCCACGCCCACGCCUCCGCCUCCUCUGCCCCCGCCCCCCUGCCCUCCGCUGCACCACCAACCGCCGUACCUGCCACAGCACCCACUGCUGCUACAGCCUCUGGUUCCGCUGCUGCCGCCGGCAGUGCUGGUAGCGCGGGCGCAGCAACAUCUGCAUCAGCAGGAGCAUCAGCAGGUGCCCCAGCAGCAGGUGCCCCAGCACCAGGUGCCGCACACCCCCCUGCAGCAGCGCCGCACUUGCCAUCAGCAUCCCCGUCCGCGUUCUCAGGUCUGCCAGCAGUGCGGUUGCUAGCAGACCCGCACUUCCUGCACCGCCUGUGCCAGCUCAUGUUCUUCUGCCUUGUCUUCCGCCGCCGCAGCCCUCCCCCCCCCGCCUCCAAGGCAGGCGCCGCUGCGGGCGCUGCCGGAGGGAUGGGCGUGGGGGUGGGCGGGGGCGCGGAGGGCGCAGGGGGAGGCAUGCGGCCGGGGCUGGGACGGUCGAUGGAGGAUCGGCACGUGCGGCUGGGGCAUGGCAAUGGCGGGCUGGGGUACACACCGGAAGAGGUGAAGGCACUGUUUGUGGUGUGCUCGGAGCUGUGCAAGAAGACAGCACCGCUGCCCGCCACCAUGCCGCCCACUCAUGUGCCCACUGCUCCCACACCUGGCACAGCCGCAGGCACAGCAGGCAGCAGCGGUGGGGGGGCGGUGGGAGGCAGUGGAGGGGGCGGAGGCAGCAGUGGGAGUGGCAUGGUGGCGCGGCUGCACUACCCACAGGGGUCUAUCUCCGUGCCCCCCGAGGCCAUAGAGGCCUGGCUCUCCCCACAGAUGCAGUCGUUGCCGCGGCCACGGGGGGCGGAUGCGGCGGCGCUGCUGAUGCGCGAGCUGGAGCUGCACGCGCCCGCCGAGGACACCCUCCCCCGCCCCUCCCUGCCGCCCCCCUGGGCCUCCGUGCCGCCCUGCACCCAGCUGGCGGGCGGCGAGAGCGACUGGGAUGCGUCGCUGCUGGCAGGCGGGGCAGGGGCAGGGCGAGUGGGAGUGUGGCCGCGCAAGCGGCGUGCAGCGGAGAGGGAUGCGGCGGUGGGGCUGGCGUGCAGUGCGGGGCUGGGGGGCUUCCUGGGGCUGCAGGGCGGGCGCAGGGACGUGGUGGCCAGCACGUGGCGCUGGGGCGGCACUGCACAGUGGUACAAGUGUGUGCGGUGUGGCCGGCAGACAACCACUAUGGCAGUGCCUCAAUCCGUGCAGGCACAGGCAGGCACAGCAGGGGCCGGGAGCAACGGUGCUGGGGAGGGGGGCGGGGCAGCAGGAAUAGGCAGUGCAGGCAGCAGCCUGGCUUCCGAGUGGUGGCCUGCUCGCUGGUCUCAGGGCUGCCCUGUGUGUGGUGGUAUGUGGACAUGCCUUGCUUGA